AUGCUUACUCUUAAACUAUUUGUUUACACAGUAGUGGUAUUCUUUGUUUCUCUCUUUAUCUUCGGAUUCCUAUCUAAUGAUCCAGGACGGAAUCCUGGACGUGAAGAGUGA